UUAGCUCCCUGAGCUAAAUAUUCGUGAAAGCGGCCACCAUCUCAAGGAUAUGUUGUUGGUGGGUGACGUUUUGUCCUCAGAGAAUAUUUAAAUAUUAUUUGUACGGAGACACAGUCAGUCUGUUAGUGCUAAAUCGUGGUACAUAAUCUGUUAACAGCGUUCUUACAGGUCUCUGUGUGUUAUCACAGCACAGACGCUCAUGGUCGUCAGUAAUUCUCGCUGUGGUGUAAAAACAGCCCAAAGCUAACAGUCCCAAAGAGCUUAGCCAUGUCGUGCUAUGCUUGUGAACACACCUUUACAAAACAUUUGUUUAAUGGCGUCCCGCUAACGCACACGUAGCAUUAGGAUAUUCAGAGAGUGAAGGCCCUGCCCAAGGUUAAUGAGGCCAGCACUGAAACUAAAACCAGUUUGUAACUGAAGUGGUAAAAGGUACUCGGUAUUUUUUUUAAACAGUGUGAAUUACAAAUCUAUUUUCUGUCAUAAUAUGGAUAAACGUCUUCAGAAGCUGGACAACCGUUUUGCCCAAGAGGAUUAACAGGUUUGAGGUUCUUUCCUCUACCUGCCUCUUUACCUUCGGUCACGUGCGCACCUGCUCGAGUGACGCGCGCGCCCGCACACGCCUCGCGCAUCCGGGAGCCAGUGGCGAGAAAGAGAGAGAGAGACAGAGAGCGGCUCUUGGCUUCAUGGAGGCCUGGAUUUAAAGCCAGUGAAACACCCAGGCAUCCACCUGGACCCCUCAGUCUUUCUCAUGAGGAUGAUGUCAUAUUGUUGAGGUCUUGGACAGGAGGCAACAUGAGUACACACGUUCAAGAGUUAUUUCAUGAGAAUGCCCAGCAGGGCUCUCAGAUGCAUGCUCAGCCAUGGUGGAAGGUGAAGCUGUUUGUGUGGGAGCCUGUGCUCUUUGGCACCUGGGAUGGUGUCUUCACCACAUGCAUGAUCAACAUUUUUGGAGUUGUGCUCUUUCUUCGCACUGGUUGGCUUGUGGGAAACACUGGGGUGUUACUGGGAAUGCUUCUUGUGUCACUGGUGGUCCAGGUUGCCCUGGUGACAGUCAUGUCAGGUAUUGGGGUUUGUGAGCGCUGCAGUGUUGGCAGUGGGGGCGUUUAUGCAAUGAUCUCCACGGUUCUCGGAGGAAGAGUUGGAGGCACUGUAGGGCUCCUCUAUGUGUUUGGACAGUGUGUGGCUGGAGCCAUGUACAUCACAGGCUUUGCUGAGUCCAUAGCUGACGUGCUGACUGUGCAAAGCGUGUGGGCUGUCAGAGGGAUCUCCGUGGCCGUCCUGCUGGCCUUGCUGGGGAUCAACCUGGCUGGCGUGAAAUGGAUUGUCCGACUGCAGCUGAUCUUGCUGGCCAUCCUGGCAGUGUCCACUCUGGACUUUGUCAUUGGAACCUUCAGCCAUUUGGAUCCAGAGCAUGGUUUUGUUGGCUAUUCAGAGGAGCUCUUGGGGACAAAUACUCUGCCAGACUACACGCCUGGAGAGACUUUCUUCACUGUGUUUGGAGUUUUCUUUCCAGCUGCUACAGGAGUGAUGGCGGGUUUCAACAUGAGCUCAGAUCUUCAAAAGCCUGAGCACAACAUCCCUGUGGGUACCUUGGCAGCUAUCUUCACCUCGUGGUUCCUGUAUCUCGUCUUUGUGUUCUUGCUGGGAGCCAUCUGCACCAGAGACGCUCUGCGCUAUGAUUUCUUAAUAGCGGAAAAGGUCUCCUUGGUGGGUUUCCUGUUCCUGCUGGGCCUCUAUGUCUCCUCCCUGGCCUCUUGCAUGGGUGGCCUGUAUGGGGCCCCCAGGGUUCUACAGUGCAUCGCCCAGGAGAGAGUUAUCCCUGCUUUGGCUUUCCUGGGACAAGGGAAGGGACCCAAUAAGACUCCAGUGGCAGCCAUCUGUCUGACAAGCGUGAUCUCCAUGGCCUUCAUCUUCAUAGGGAAGGUCAACAUCCUGGCUCCUAUCGUCACCAUCAACUUCAUGCUGACCUACAGCAUCAUUGACUAUUCCUACUUCUGCGUGGCCAAGAGCUACGAGCUACAAGCCAGGGAGAGAAGACCUUUGAUCGAAAGACCUAGUUCAAGGAAAUCGCUAGUGACAAGCAGUCACCCUUGUUAUGGCAGCAAUGGUACCAUGAGCAACCCCAGUAAUGGCACGCUGCUGGAGUUCACUAAAGACAUGAACCAGAUAUUUCCACUGCCCAACACAGAUAGCACAGAGGAAGAGAAAGCCUCCAAUCCUGCAGCCAAGGCCUGGGGCAGGAAGGCAAAAGUUCCUGCUAAAGAAACACUGAGCAGCAGUUUUGGGUUGGACUUGAAUAGCAAUACCCCUUUAGAGAAGGGAAAGGAUGAGAGGCAGCUUGAACAAAGCAUUGGCCCAGAUGAUGAGACCAGCAGCCAGACAGGGCUUAUGGAGUCUGAGUCUACUCGUGACCCUAUUGAACUGCAUCAGCUACCAAGGGAGGCAACAGACAAAAAUGAGUCAAAACCAAAGCUGGAAGGAUCAGAAAUACGACCCAUCCCAAAUUCGUUUUAUUCCAGGUUUUGCAAUCACUGGGUUGCAUUAAUUGGUGCUCUGUGUUCCAUUAUGAUAAUGUUUGUCAUCCAGUGGGUGUAUGCCUUGGUGAAUAUGAGUGUUGCGCUCCUCCUUUUCCUCUACAUUGGAAAAGCAAGUCCAGGUUUGCCAACAGGUGCAGCGGCCCGCUUCAGCUUUUUCCGAUGGAUAAAGGGCUCUCUAAGCAGCCUGGGCAGGGGAAAACGUGAGUUUCAGGACCAGAUUGUGGUGACACCAUCUUUGUCAGCAGUUGGCAUGGAAACCAGGCAGUUAACUGAGGAGAACGCAGACUUUGCCUUCCGAGACCGCUACCACCAUUCCUCUGUCAUCACCACCGCGGAUAAGAUGGUCCAUCCUCAGCUUCGCUGACGGGCCUCAUUUCUCUUACCUCAACCUGGCCAUUGAAGUGCAAUUCAUAAAGACUCUCAAAGCAGGGGGGAAAUCCAGAAUUAGUUCUCUCUCUGAUCAAGGAUCAGCACUCCUGCUCUAAAAUGGCAUAGUGAAUGCCAUCUGAUACUGGAAAACCACAUAUGACUGCUAAUCUAGAAUAUAUUUUGGAGACUGAUCAUGUUAUCUUAUGAGAGGUCUGAUUCCAGGUCAGUAAUCCUGUUCUGAGAUAAUUUAUAAAUACUAUGGUCUGCAGUGUAGGUGCAGGUGGAUGGAACUUGUGACUGAUUAAAAGUGUUUUGGGUGGCAAUUUUAAGGCACAGUUCUGACCUGUAUGUUUUGUUUGUUUUUCUUUUGGUAUAUUGUAAUAAUUACUCACCAGGGAAAUCGGAAGGACAGUCUAGUUUAAAUGUAUCUCAGUGUACAGGAAGUGCAAUAGACUGCUUAUAUCUACACCAUCAUGGUAACAGUGCAAUUUUUUACAGACUGUACAUCACAGCCUGUGUUUGAUGGGGUUGUUAUGUAGUGUUUGUAGAGUAAACAAAAGUAAAGAUAACAUAUGUAUCCCUCA